AUGUCUUCUUUAUUUGGGCCUAGUCCGGCGUCACUCCUUCUCGAGGCGUGGACGAACAACGUCGAGACCAAGAAACUUGUCGCGGAGCUUUUGAGUCGCGAGGACCUCAAUAACAACGAAACCAGCGACGCUCCUCUCCUGUCUGACGCCAGGGAGAUCCGAGAAGAUGCGCUCAAGAGCCGCCUAGCCGCUUUUGACCGCAACAUGUCCGUCGUGAGCACGGUUGUCACCGCCAUCAAAGCGCUCAAGAAACCCUCUUCGCAUCUCAGCGUGCUCGCAGGCAGCAUCAGCAGCAUGUACGACCUCAAAGUUCCCAAACGGGAAAGUAUCCGGGGCGAAACGUUCCGUUUGCUGACCACCGUCUUCUUCGUCGACGAGGAGGAAGUUGCUUGGGACAAGCAUGACCUCGUCAACGGCAUCGACGCCAUCACUGGCCUUGAGUAUCGCCGGCGCCAAGACCUCGAAAGCAUUGCUACAAAGCUCGGCAUUUGUAGCCCGGGCCAGCUUGCCAUCGCCCGCCGCCGCAUGGAUCCAUCGCUCGACAUUGUUGAGCUCCUCAUUGCCCAGAACACGCAGGCGGAAUAUCUCUUCCGCACGAUUUUUCUCGGGACGCGAAUUUGCACCAUUUGCCACCAUCUCAACGAGAACACCAACAUCCAGUUUGUGCUUCAGCUUCUGAAUGCGCUCUUCCCUCCAUACCUCGCGACGUACCCAGUUCCAUGCGUCGACGUCCAGGAGGUCCGCGCCUUGCGCGAGACGGUCUACCUUGCUCUCAUGGAUUCGGAUGUCCAAUUUGAAGGUGACGAUGGUGGAAUAGAAGCGGCCAUCCUGCAAAAGAAUCUCCUCGCUCAGAUCGGCAUCGACGGCUAUAGGACUGAGGUCUACCCUGCGCUCAUCGAAUAUUUUGCCCGGGUCGAGUCUGUGAAAAAGACGUACGAGGGGCUCCAUGGCACACCGGAGGUCGGCUUAGAUACCACGACCGACUACCCUGUUGACGGUGAGCCUUUGCUUGGGGCAGAUUCAGGUAUGCCCAUUGCCACAGUGCGUGGUCCAGACGACCGUCCUGAUUCCACGGCCAGCUCUCAACAUGGGCCUACAAAGUCCAUUCUUAAGAACUCCUUUUCUUCUAUGUCCGGACAGACCACUUCGACCUACGCGUCUUCGUACGGGUCUGGUUCCGAGCUCGUCAUGCACCCGCUGGCAAGAGACUUGAGUGGACUCGAUGAACACGAGUUGCUUCGGAUGGGGCUCGCCCUUCCAGCUGCCAGCCUUCGGAGCCACCAAGCGUCCUUUGACAGUUCCAUUGCAUCGCCGCUCGUCCUAGCCAACUUGAGAGUGCAGCUCAACCUAGCAGACGAACUACAGCGCGCAUCUUGUUCCUUCGGCUCAGAUUCCAACUCGCCGUCUAUUGUGCCAGAGGGUCUUGCGCAGCCUGGGCCGACAGCCGUUAAUGAAGACGACGAUGUGUUUGCCACAGCUACUGGACGGAAAGCAAAGGACAAGGUGGUCGACCUCAGUCCGCAAGAAUCGUCGAUGGAAGACCUAAUGGAUCAUGCCUUGCAACAAAAUGACGAGCCUCAUGGAUUGACCGAGUUCCCUCAGCUUCCCGUGCUCAAAGUCGCUAAAUCGGCAGUGACUUUGCGGGAGCGGCCAACCGUGCCCGCGACACCCACACCGUCGGAGCGCACCAUGCAUCUGAUCAAGUCGGGCUGGAAAUCCACCGAGUGCCUGUUUGCAAAAUUCAGGGGACAGGAGCAGAAUGCCAAUGGUGUUCCGGCUGUUCCAAACGCCUUGACAACUGAGGAUAAGCGCCCGUGUUCACAGCGCCGGCCAUCGAAAUCCGUGCGCUUUUCGGAUGAACAGACGGCGUCAGAGGACUUGGAGGCCGAUCACUUGUCGGAGAUUACGUUCGAACAUGCACCGGACCGGCUCUCUACAACCAGGCACGACGGCAAAGCCAGCGACGCUGUUGCCGGAAACGGCCCAUCCGGCUCAGCUCGUCGACCCUCCGACCCAUGGCAAUACACCCGUGACUACCUCUUGGAGAAAAUCAAAGCAGGUAAAGAAGGGCGGCAGUGUUCUCUUGCCUCACCUUCUCCCGAAUGGUUCGAGGAAAUGGACGGCGGGGUUCCUAGCCGCCAAUCUAUUUUCUCUCCCCGGUCUGGUCUCGAAGCCGUCCAUAAGAUGAUUUCGGGACAUGGACGGACACCAUCGCUCAUGCGGACAGUUUCUAGCGAGAGCAGUGUCUCUGUGAGGACGAUGGCUUCAGGCGCACCGAGCUCCAUCGGAGACCUGGACAGCAUUCUUCUUCACGGCAUGAGUGGGCUGAAUCAAGUGGCCGUCGGAGCUUAG